AUGGACAGCAUAGGUAUUUGUUACGGAAUGACAGGUGAUAAUCUUCCAUCUCCUCCUGAUGUUGUGGCCCUCUACAAGAAGUAUUUCAUAGAAAAAAUCAGAAUUUACAGCCCUAACCCUGAGGUCCAAAACGCCCUCCAGUUGCAAGACCUCAAAGUCGCCGUCGGUGUCAGAAACGAAGACAUACCCAACAUCGCAGCUAACCAAACAGCGGCAGACAAGUGGGUGAGUACAAAUAUUUCGCCUUACAAUGAUUCAGGAAUCCAGUAUGUCGUGGUUGGCAACGAGGUCAUAGGGAGCAACUUGGGAAAGUACGUAGCUCCAGCGAUGGCGAACCUUCGCAACUCAUUGAACUCUGUGAAACUAGUAGCUAUUAGGGUGACGACGUCAGUCUACACUGGUGUCCUUAGCAUGUCAAGUCCACCAUCUCAGGGCACAUUCUCUCCUAGUGUAGUUGAUGACAUGACAGCCAUUGUGUCGUUCUUGAACAAUCUGCCACCAGAGAACCCGCAACAUGUGAUAAUGGUCAAUGUUCACCCUUACUUUGCUUACGCCGCAGAUCCAGAACACAUCUCUCUCGAAUAUGCACUGUUCACAGCAACAAGUCCGGUCGUAAGAGAUGGGAACUUGGAUUACUAUAAUCUUUUCGACGCCAUGGUUGAUGCUUUUUAUGCUGCUUUGGAGAAGAUAGGAGGAGCUAGUAUAGAGGUU